AGAACAUGCAACUAGAAACAGAUUCAUAAAGUCUCCAUUCAGAAUAAGCUGAGGUCACGUUUUCCAGACUGAUCGCCGUGCAGGAACGUCUUAUCAUGCGGGGCAGCACGUGGAGAUAGCUCGGAUAUAUGUUGUUCCGGCUAUAUGUAGAAGCCGUAACUGGCCAACAUUUGACUCAUUUUCUAUGAAUUAUAUCGCAUUGAAAUGAGCAUCACCGUUGGGGUUCUCGCCUUGCAGGGCGCAUUCUACGAGCAUGUCCAGCUGCUGAAACAGGCAGCAGCUGAUUCAGCGACAGAGACCAACAGUUCGCCGCAAUGGGAGUUCAUUGAAGUGCGAACCCCGCAGGAAUUGGAUAGAUGCGAUGCGCUUAUCUUGCCUGGUGGUGAGAGCACUACUAUCUCUCUUGUCGCAGCUAGGUCCAAUCUUCUAGAGCCCCUGAGAGAUUUCGUCAAGGUCCAUCGCAAGCCAACUUGGGGAACCUGUGCCGGGUUGAUUUUGCUUGCUGAGUCCGCCAACCGGACAAAGAAGGGCGGCCAAGAGCUUAUCGGAGGUUUAGAUGUGCGCGUAAAUAGAAACCACUUUGGUCGGCAAACUGAGAGUUUCCAAGCGCCCUUGGACCUGCCAUUCCUAAACUCUUGCGGAAAAGACCAGCCUUCUUUCCCAGCUGUUUUCAUCAGAGCACCUGUUGUCGAGAAGAUAUUGCCACACGAAGAGGGUAUCCAAAUAAGCGAGGUUCAAAGAGACGAGACCGUCGUAGCGCCUUCAAAGCACGCGAAAGGCCAGGCGGCUCUGGACGCAAUCGCAACGCAGGUUGAAGUGCUGGCCACACUUCCAGGCAGAGCCGCUAAACUGGCUAGUGAGGGGAGGAACAUCGACGCAGACAAAGAAGCUGGAGAUAUCAUUGCUGUCAAACAGGGAAAUGUUUUCGGGACGAGCUUCCAUCCUGAGCUCACUGGCGACGCCCGGAUACAUGCAUGGUGGCUGCGCCAAGUCGAGGAGUCCGUGAAAAAGAGGAAGGGGACAGAGCAACGCUAUUGAAUGCCUUGCAUUAUAGAAAGAUUUUGUAUAGAAAGGUCCGUCGAUAGAUG